CAUAACACAGCCUUAUUAGCGGACAUUAAGACAUUCAGCAAAAUGUCAACAUAUUACACUUCAGGUACUUAGCUUAAUUUACUAUUCCACCAACCUGGAAACAGGAGAAAUAAAUGAGACAGGGCAAACUCUGCGUCCGUUUUUCAUCUCGCUCAGCAGAAAGAGGAAAACCGCAAAGCAGACAAAACUGACGUAAAGCCCUGUGGAGCACAAUAAGCGCCACACUGCCCCCUGCUGGCGAACGCCACAAUUACUCCUGACCUCUAUUUAACAUAUUUUAGUGCAUGGAUGGUGGAACCAGGUUAAUUACCCCUGAACAAAUAUUCAAAAACAUUACAGAAACUACCACAAAUGUGAUAACACUUUAGUGGGCAUCACAUAAGCAACCUAAAUGUGAAUGACCACAGUAAAAAGAGAGUAUAACUGCAGAUAGAUAAUUACUUAACAUAUUUUUCUGACUGUAUGGUCUUGCUGGAUGUGGGAGAGACGUUGCGUUGUGGUCCACUGCAAAGGCCUUCCACAUUGCCCGGUUAGGGCUGCCCAUGUUGGUGGUGACGUUAACCGCAUGAAGCCCUAUGGAAGCUGCUUUGUCAAUAAUGUUGAGGAUGAUUGGCUUGUACUUUGCCCCAUUAGUGGAACUGCCACUGUAGUGGUAAGCCACUACUUGAAGAGUUUCGUUGCAAAACGCGAUAAACGCCAUUUUUUGACAUUUGGAUUUUAUUAUUGGAAAUCACUGUUCAGAUGUACCUUAAUCUAUGUGUGAAUUGCUGCCAUUAAUAAGAUUUAAAAAUGUACAUUUUAAGCCUACUACAAAAUGUAUUUUUUCACAAAACGCGAUAUCCGCCAGCCCAGUUUCUUUACAAAGUGCGAUAUAACGGUUAGGCUAUAGAACGUUCAGGAUGCUGCGCGAGCUCAGGAUGUCACGCGAGGAGAGAGUCACCGCCGGUGAAGUGCUCCGAGUUUGCUCAAUGAUUUAACGAUAAUAUCAAAAAAAAAAACCAUAUAUUUUUAAAAAGAGGAUUCAAUAGGCUAACUAAAAAACGUUUACUAUUUUAUUGUUUAUACUGUAUGCGAGCUGUCAGUCACGUAGGCUACGUCACUGAUCAACAGCUGUCUGUCAGUCAGAGAAUCAAAGCUUCAGAGUCAAGCUAACGUUAUGGAUUUGGAUGACGGAUUGGAGCCGGUCAUUCCAGCUGCUGUUGGGAGAAAGAGGAAGGCAUCUAUAGAAAAUCAUCAAAGGGGGGAGACCAAACGGGCAAGGCAUUCAGGGGAGGGAAAACAUCCAAAGAUUAAUUGUGGUCAUCGUGCGACUGCGAGUAGGCCUAAUGUUGGUCUGUGUCAUGCCGACAAACUGUCAGAUGAAGAUGUAGCCUUCAACUUCACAAAAAUGUAUAAAAACGCUACAAAAGUGGACCAGGAUAAAAUACUCCUGCGUCUGUCAACAAUAAACAAAUGCAGCAGGGUACGAGUCUCCGCUGAUGUCAAGAAGAAAGCCAGGGAGGUUACAGUGAAAUACUGCCUUUUGUCCUGCGCUCCUCCCCAUCACAAGAUACCUGUCUGCAAGGCUACAUUUCUAAGUGUCCUUGGUGUUAGUAAAGACAGAGUCUCCAGAGUGGUGAAAUACUUCAGUCAACAUGGUGAAGCCAGACCAGAGUGCAGGGGUGGAACCAGAAAUGUUGAUGAGAAGAUGGAGAACAGGCAGGCAGUAGUUCAGCAUGUGUCCUCAUUCAUGUGCAAGGCCAGCCACUACGCUCGUCGUGGUGCACCUGGACGGAAGUACCUCCCAAGUGACAUGUCAGUAACCAAAAUGCACCGGCUGUUCCAGGAGCAGAACCACAGGGACAUCAGCUACUCCCUGUAUUACAAUGUUUUCUGCACCUCAUUCAACUUGGGAUUUGGGCAUCCAGCAAAGGACUGCUGUGCCACCUGUAUGAGCUCGAGACUCCGUGAUGAAAGAUCCUCACCUUACUGA